AUGGCUUAUGCAACUGUAUUACGUGCGGACAUCGACAGUACGCGGCUUAUCACACAACCAUUUCAUCUCAUCUGGUUGGCCAAUGAGAUCGAUGAACUGAAGAAGACGUUUCCUCAGGCAGUCACUCGCCUAGAAAGUAUCGUCAGUUCCGUCGAUAAUUUCAGCGAUGCUGAUGUAUUUGUCAAUUUUCUCUAUGAAACUAGCUAUGAAAAAAUUCUUAUGAUUGUCACCGGUGGUUUGGGAGAAAAUAUAGUGCCGAUUAUUCAUGGUGUGUCUCAACUAGAUUCGAUCUUUGUCUUUUGUCAUAAUAAGGCUGUCCACGAACAAUGGGGGAAAGAUUGGCCGAAAGUAAAGGGUGUUUUCAAUCAAAUCGAUGCAAUGUGUCAAGCAAUAGUACAAGUAGUACAACCGAAACCUCCGCCUGUCCUUCGUCGUCCACUCACACCCCAGCCACCUCGACCAAAGAUUGAUCAUGAUAGAACGACCGCGGUCGACGAUCACCGACAAGAAUCGAGUGAUAGACCUUAUCGUCGUCGUGGCCGCUCAGCGUUACCAGCUCAAUCUGAUGUCGACACGACAGCUAGCAAUCUGUCACGUGGUGAAUCGAUGAAAAUCAAGCGAGAAACACCAAAAAUAGAUGUGAAAAAGGACCUAUCACCUGAAUUGACGAAAAGCCAAAAAGGAGCAUUCUUAGAACCAGCAAUUCCAACCGAUACGACUCGUUUGCGUAUCGAACACGAAUAUUCGCCCAUACGUGCAUUCGAAGAACAUACUGAGAGUAGUCCUCCAUUGAUUAAUUCCUUGAAACGAACGAUAACAGGAACGUCUAAUUCACAAACACAAUUGUCAUCAAAUUUUGAGCAACUUGAACGUACUUUAAUUGAAACAACUGAACGAGAAAUACGGCAGAGUCUACUUAAAAAUGAUGCUAUUCAUCUAACAACAUCGCUCAAUACUAAUGCAAUUGAUCGAUUGCAAGAUACUCUUGUGCAAACAAUUGAAAAACAUGUUACUACGAAAAACGAUGAUUCUCAUGUGCUAACGAAAUUAUUCGGUGAAUUAAAACAAGUACUAGUUGAUACACUUUUACAACAACAACCUACAUUAUUACAAGAUAUGAUUAAACAAACAGUAGUCGAUGCUCUUAGUCAACAACAAAAUGUAGCAUUAGUUCCUACGACAAACACCAGAAUGAUAAGUCAUCGAAAGCCUAUCACUAUUGCUACUAAUCGUGAAGUUAAAAUUACUGCUGAUCUUAAACGUACUCGUACUAACGCUGCUUUUCGACAACAACGUGAUGCUGUCGUUAAUAAUCAGCGAUUGCGUGAUGCUGUUCAACAGUGGUCAUCAUUGAGCUCAAAGACUGAUCUUGUCAAUGCGAUUAAAAUGCACGGAAAAAAUGAUUUAGAAUAUGCUUGGUUACUUUUCUGUUGGAUCGGUCAAAAUAUUCAAUAUCAAACACAUUGUAAUAAUAAUGCCGCUGAAACUGUUUUUCGUACAAGACAAGGCGUUUGUCGAGGUUUCGUUAGUCUCUAUCAUGAAUGUUGCACAUUGUUAGGUAUUGAAUGUUCGGAAAUAUCGGGCUAUGCUAAACAGGCUUUUCUAAAACCCGGUGAAGAACUCAAACAAUCACCUCACGCUUGGAAUAGUAUUGUUUUAGAUCAAUACACUUAUUUACUCGAUCCAACAUGGGGUGCAGGCGGCAGAGAUAAUGAAAAUAAACUUGAAGAUUUCUAUUUUCUUACGUCACCUGAAGAGUUUAUCUAUACACAUUACUGUAGUGGAUAUCAAUUGCUCGAACCAGAAAUUAGCAAAGAAGAAUUUCUUAGUUUACCUGUCAUGAAAUCGACUUAUUAUAAACUAGGUUUGACUUUGUUAUCACCAAAGCAAGGUUUAAAUGAGACAAAUGACAAUUUAUUUAAAAUUAUCAUUCAAACACCACAACAUGUUGAUCUAUUUGCUCAAUUGAAAGUAGGCGACAACGAAUAUCCACGUAGUUUGCACACAUUAUGUCAACGAGAUGAGACGAAAUCUGAUAUAUGCAAUUGCUAUAUUACUCCGCCUGCUGAUGGUCUUUAUGAAGUAGCGAUCUAUGCGAAAACGAAUAAGGAAAAUCUAUACAGUGAUGCUAUCAAUAUGCGUUUACGUGUGUCAAAUAUAACUGGUGCAUUCACUUUUCCACUCUUAUAUUCAAUUUUUACAAAACAAUGUUGUAUUUUAAUUGAACCUCUUCAUCGUCUUGUACAUGUGAAUGAACAAGUAUUAAUUCAUAUGAUAAUACCCAAUGCCAAUGUGAUCAGAAUUAAUAAUGGUGACGAUCACAUCGUGCCCUGUAGAGAUGAAUAUAAGAAGGGUGUACUAAAGAAACAAAUACGCGUUCAGGGCGAUCUUCAUAUUUGCGCCCGAUGGGACGAUAACGCCGAUUUGAUUUCAACCAUUUGUGUUUUUAAUAUGAUGUAA